CGUCCCAAGCCUUCGUUGCCAACUCCCGCACGCUACCCUCAUUCCCUUCGCCGCCACCAAACUCUGAUCGACGAUGGAACAACAACAUUUACUCUCCGUUUCCGAUGAAGUAUUCGUCAACGGCGGCAAAUCAUCACUCACGCUUUCUGUCGACGGGAUACUCCAGUGGUUGGAUGGAGGUUUAAUUCGCCGGUGCUUGUCUGUAGAGAAGGAAGUUCUUGGAUUCUCAAAAGUCGGACGCCUGAUCACAAUUAGGGCACUUGUUCAAACUGGCGCUGAUCGAUUUUGCUUCGGAAGUAGUGCCGAAGGAUGUUUGACGAGGAAGAGCUUCGUAUUUGAGGCGGUGACGGAGGAUUCGUUACGGAAUUUAUGCGAGAAGAUUCAAGGGUACAUCGAUUCGUUAGGUCGACCAAAAAAGCUCUUCAUAUUCGUUAAUCCGUUUGGUGGGAGGAAAUCUGCUUCCAAGAUGUUUACUAAUGAUAUAAAACCAAUACUUGAAGAUGCUAACAUCGAAUACACAUUGCAAGAAACAAGAUAUCAACUUCACGCGAAGGAAGUUUCUUGUUCGUUGGAUCUUACAAAGUAUGAUGGUAUAAUAUGUGUUAGCGGGGAUGGCAUAUUGGUUGAGGUUGUGAAUGGAUUGCUUGAAAGAAAAGACUGGGCAGUUGCACUCAAGAUGCCUCUUGGAGUCAUACCUGCAGGUACUGGGAAUGGCAUGAUAAAAUCCCUUUUAGAUUCAGUCAAUCAGCCAUGUACUCCAGCUCAUGCUACUCUUGCUGUAGUUAGAGGGCAUAAACGGUCUUUAGAUGUAGCUACAAUCUGGCAAGGAGAGACUGCCUUUUUUAGCGUCUUAAUGCUUGCAUGGGGACUUGUAUCAGAUAUCGACAUCGAGUCCGAGAAAUAUCGGUGGAUGGGAAGUGCUCGGAUAGAUUUCUAUGCUCUUAAACGAAUUCUAAGGCUGCGAAAAUAUAAUGGGAGUAUAUGUUUUGUACCUGGACCCGGGUUUGAAGAUGUGGGAGAGUCGAAUGAUUCGUGUGUUGAUUCUAUGGAACCUCUUAUUGUGCCACGUCAGCAUGGUUACCAAGGUCCUAAUAUUGAUUUAAAGAAUUUAAAUUGGAGAAAGAUUGAAGGCCCGUUUGUUUCUGUUUGGCUUCAUAAUGUUCCUUGGGGUGCUGAAAACACUAUGGCUGCCCCUGAUGCCAAGUUUGAAGAUGGCUAUUUGGACUUGAUUAUAGUGAGGCAAUGCCCAAAGUUGGCCUUGUUGUCCUUAAUGUCCGAAUUGAACAACGGGGGCCACGUGGAAUCACCCUAUGUUGUGUACAUCAAGGUGAAAGCGGUGAUAUUGGAGCCUGGGCCGAGAACGGAUGACUCGAUGAAAGAAGGGAUUAUAGAUUCGGAUGGGGAAGUGUUGGCGAGAGGGAAAGGAACUUAUAAAUGUAACUUAAAAUCAUUGAUGGCGUAUGAUAAGAUACAAGUUGUUGUGGACCAAGGUUUAGCCACUCUCUUUACACCUAUUUAAAUUUGUAAUAAACAAACUCUAUUUAUGUUUUCAAAAUGUAAAUAAUAGAAUACAAACUUGGU